UUGCGAGUUUCGAUUCUACAGACCACAGUGAGUAAACUUCACUCUUUUCCUUAGAUCAUUGGAUAAGCAAUGGUGAGGGAGAAAAUGGGGAAGACCUUCACUGUGGCGAAAUCAAGCAUUAUCGCAAAACCAGGUGGAGAUUUUUACGAGGAUGAUCGGCACUUACUCGUGACUCACAAUCUGAAACGGCUAACAUCGUCAGCUACACAACUACGUGUCCUUGUUGCUGACUGCAUCCGACGCACAAAAGUUUCUUCCUCCAAAGAACCGAUUUUUAUCUACAUUAUGGCCUCACGUCAUCGCACCGUUUCUUCGAGACUCUUACCCGAUACAUAUCGGUUCCCCACCGAUAUAUAUAUCUGUGCUUGGGCGGAGGAAACCGAGCAAAUCCCACCUCUGCAUUCGGUAAAUCCUCCAUAGCUUCAAGCAAACCUUGCUCUAAUAGUCCUUGGCCGAUAUGGGAGGAUUUUGCUGUGCUGCAAGGAAGCCUCUUCUCGAGAGAACCUCCUAUUAUAUGCCAUCUUCAGAGGAGCAAGAGCCCCUAACUUCAAAUCACAAUGCCGCCGCAGGAUAUGUGGCUAAUUUGUACACGUCACGCCUUGACACAUUCCGCGCACCGCCCCAGCCUCUUCCGUUUGACAUGCUCUAUGGUUGUCCAAGUCCGUCACACACCACAGAUCCAAGGCGUCUUUCCAGCCUCUCGCCUAAAGAAGAAGAAGAAGUUUGUCCCACUUGUCUUGAAGAGUACGAUGAUGACAACCCAAAAAUAAAAACCCAAUGCAACCAUCAUUUCCAUCUCGCUUGCAUCCUUGAUUGGAGAAAAAGAAGCGACACCUGCCCCAUAUGCAAUCAGGAAAUGAUGUAUGAAAGUGAACCUCUGCGAUACAUAAAGGUUGAUUAGCUGGACAUUGCAGUCAUACUGUUCUAUGUAAAGGACACAUAGAUUUUUAUUCCCAGUUUUGGAUUUUUUUCUCAUGCUUUUGUAGUCAUGUUACACCUGUACAGGUCUCUUUCUUUUUUGUAAUUUCAUAUAUUAUUCUGUAAUUAUUUUAUCAGGCUGAUUAUGUUUUUUAUUCAUUAUACAAUCACAUUAGUGAUCAGUUUUGACAUGCUAGCCGUUAAAAACAAUUAUUUUUCGAACUUUGGUAAAAGAACGUCA